UAAAUUAUAUGAACUUGUGGGGUGAAUAGGGCAAAACCAAUUUUCAAAAAAAAGGGAGGUUAGUUUUGUGUUUGACUUUAAGUUGUAGGUCAAUUUUGCAAAAAUCCCAAAAAUGUGUUAAUGUAUUACUAUUUAUAAAAGCAACAUGAUAUCAUUUGAUUUCUAUAAUAAAAUUGAAUUCCAUCCGAUAAAAGUAAAGUUUAUUUAAAUUAUAGUUUGAACAAAUCCUAUCAUCUAUUCUGCGGCUAUAAGACUUUCUGCAUACCUAAAUGAUAUAUCAUGGUAAGUGUUUUAUAAGAAAUAAAUUGUUAUCGAUAUCUACAUAUGAAUUUAAUCUAGGCCUAAUUUAAUCAAGUUGAUACAAAAACUGGGUUUAGUUAAAAGAUGAAACUAUUUUUUUAUUUGAUCAUAAGAAUCUGAUUAGAUGAAAAUGUGAUAUGCAAACUUUGCAGUUAUAUUGUUAAUAUUUGUUCUAGAUACAGAACAUACGAUUCAUUCUUUUUGUUACAUAAAUAUUUUUUUUUGUCCAUGAGAUGGUUUUUAAUUCACGUCAGAAAUUGUUUUUCAAAAUAAUUGGUUUUGGUUUAAUAAAAACUGUUUACAAAAAUCUGAAGAUAAGAGAUGAGAAUUUGAUUGAUAUAUUUUACCCAUGGAAUGUUAUCCAAAUUCAUUUAAACUCCUACAAGUCAAAUGGGUUGUGAAGAUCUACCAAACAUGAAUAACACAAGAUUUUAAAGGUUGUAUUCACAUACUGAAUUGAAUAAGAAUGGAUUUUUAGUUCCUUUAAUGAAGAAAUUGUAAUUAUAACCAAUAUUAUUAGAUUUCAAAAUAUUUUAAUAAAAAUAUUUAAAAUACAAUAAUCAAUGACACUACAUUUUUAAUAAAUGAUGUUAAAAUCAAUUAUUAAAUAACACUAUAUCAUUAAAUCUAAAGAGGUAACUUUAAAUUCACUAUCCAAUUAGAAUAUUAGAUAUUCCUUUUUAAUCUAGUUUUGCCAAAAAAAAGUUAGUUUGCAUGCCCUACGCUUAUAAAUAUAGCAAUUCUGCUUGUUGAAAAAUAAAACCAUAAUUUCUAGUUUUGUUGGGGGAGGUUAACGAGAAGAUGACUAUUAUGAUAUCCGAUCUACCCUAUGAUUUGGUAUCAGAAAUACUCGCUAGGGUUCCGUCCAAGUCUCUAGCAAAACUGCAAACUACUUGCAAACGAUGGUACGCCUUAUUCAAAGAUCCAAAGUUCGUGAAGAUGAACAACAACUUGCGUAAAGCAUCGAAAGAGGUGAUGUUCCUUAUAGACUAUAGGGUUUAUUCGAUUAGCGUUAACAGAUUCCACAACAGCUUCCGUGACACAUGCAUUGAGUAUGCAUCCAUCGAGUUUACAGGUAAACUUACCCGUCUUGAAGAUUCAAAAGAGGUAAAGUUAUCUCGAAUCUUUCACUGCAACGGAUUGAUAUUAUGCUGCAUGGAGGAUUUCGAAAGUCUUGUGGUUUGGAACCCUUGUACUGGUGAAACCAUGAGUAUCAAACCCAAAAGUUUUUACCAGUGGAAUGAUAGUUAUGCUUUUGGAUGUGGAAACAGCGAAUCUUCUUGCCCCAACUACAAAAUUUUGAGGUGUAGCAGUUAUUAUUGCAAAAACAGUGAGCAACGUAUUUUUAACUGUGAAAUUUAUGACUUCAGCUCUGAUUCAUGGAGGGUUCUUGCUGGUGUGACCUGGAGGAUACAUUGUUCUGACAAUGUUGUGUCGCUGAAAGGAAAUGCUUACUGGAUUCAUUUUGAUAGAGAAGCUGGCCAUAAUGUCCUACUCAGUUUUAAUUUCACAACGGAGGUAUUUGUGUCUAUGACUCUUCCGGAUCAGAGUGAUUAUAGACAUUUGGGUAUAUCGGUUGUUAGAGAAGAACGCCUAGCAGUUUUACAUCACAAUAUUGGUACAUCCUUGACAGAGAUGAAUGUAUGGUUGAGCAAUAAGAUUGAUGAAGCCAAAGAGGUGUCAUGGAGCAAAUUCUUAGUAGUGAGCUUUGAUAACUUUAAGUAUCCAAGUUACGUGAAAGAGAUUACUUUUUGGGUGGACGAUGAGGAUAAAGUGGUAGUAACUUGUAUUAGAGACAGAGACAAUUAUGAUUACGUUUACAUUGUAGGAGAACGUUUGCAUAAACAAGUUUUUGGUAAAUCUUGGAUUUGGCCAUGUCUCCUGAGUUAUGUUCCAAGUUUGAAUCACAUCCCCAAGGCGAAAAAAGAAGAAACAUUGUAAAUGGAUAAUUAAGCUAGCUUUUGUUUAUUUGUCUCGUGUAACUCUUGUUUUGGUAUAUUAAUUAUCCAUUUUAUUUUGAUAUAUACCAUAUUUGUGUAAUUUACAUAUUUUAAAGCAUAAUUUGAAAAAUAUUUUAAUGCUAAUUUUCAAAGAAUUAGCAUGUGUAUCAAAUUAAUUCCUAUUUAUUGAUUUCUCUUUGUUUAUUUACCUUAAUGAAAUAUUAAAUUAUAAUGCUGAUUUAUCUAUUUUUGUUGGUGUAUUAAAUUAGUUUUGAACAUUUUCAAUAACACAUGACUUCUAUCGUAAGAAAAACUUGUGCACAACUUUUUUUUUGUGAAACUCUUCAAUGCUAAUUCUUCAAAUGAGUUAGUAAAUCUAAUUUUGAACUUUAUUUUUUAUUUUUGUUAGCAUAACUUUUAUAUUUAAUUUUAAAAUUGGUAUAUAUUUCAAUUUAUUUUACUAGAUAGAACAUGAAUAACAAAGACGCCAGCAAGAACCCUCCAUAAAAUUGGUAGCAGUUAUUAUUGCAAAAACAGUGAGCAACGUAUUUUUAACUGUGAAAUUUAUGACUUCAGCUCUGAUUCAUGGAGGGUUCUUGCUGGUGUGACCUGGAGGAUACAUUGUUCUGACAAUGUUGUGUCGCUGAAAGGAAAUGCUUACUGGAUUCAUUUUGAUAGAGAAGCUGGCCAUAAUGUCCUACUCAGUUUUAAUUUCACAACGGAGGUAUUUGUGUCUAUGACUCUUCCGGAUCAGAGUGAUUAUAGACAUUUGGGUAUAUCGGUUGUUAGAGAAGAACGCCUAGCAGUUUUACAUCACAAUAUUGGUACAUCCUUGACAGAGAUGAAUGUAUGGUUGAGCAAUAAGAUUGAUGAAGCCAAAGAGGUGUCAUGGAGCAAAUUCUUAGUAGUGAGCUUUGAUAACUUUAAGUAUCCAAGUUACGUGAAAGAGAUUACUUUUUGGGUGGACGAUGAGGAUAAAGUGGUAGUAACUUGUAUUAGAGACAGAGACAAUUAUGAUUACGUUUACAUUGUAGGAGAACGUUUGCAUAAACAAGUUUUUGGUAAAUCUUGGAUUUGGCCAUGUCUCCUGAGUUAUGUUCCAAGUUUGAAUCACAUCCCCAAGGCGAAAAAAGAAGAAACAUUGUAAAUGGAUAAUUAAGCUAGCUUUUGUUUAUUUGUCUCGUGUAACUCUUGUUUUGGUAUAUUAAUUAUCCAUUUUAUUUUGAUAUAUACCAUAUUUGUGUAAUUUACAUAUUUUAAAGCAUAAUUUGAAAAAUAUUUUAAUGCUAAUUUUCAAAGAAUUAGCAUGUGUAUCAAAUUAAUUCCUAUUUAUUGAUUUCUCUUUGUUUAUUUACCUUAAUGAAAUAUUAAAUUAUAAUGCUGAUUUAUCUAUUUUUGUUGGUGUAUUAAAUUAGUUUUGAACAUUUUCAAUAACACAUGACUUCUAUCGUAAGAAAAACUUGUGCACAACUUUUUUUUUGUGAAACUCUUCAAUGCUAAUUCUUCAAAUGAGUUAGUAAAUCUAAUUUUGAACUUUAUUUUUUAUUUUUGUUAGCAUAACUUUUAUAUUUAAUUUUAAAAUUGGUAUAUAUUUCAAUUUAUUUUACUAGAUAGAACAUGAAUAACAAAGACGCCAGCAAGAACCCUCCAUAAAAUUGGUAGCAGUUAUUAUUGCAAAAACAGUGAGCAACGUAUUUUUAACUGUGAAAUUUAUGACUUCAGCUCUGAUUCAUGGAGGGUUCUUGCUGGUGUGACCUGGAGGAUACAUUGUUCUGACAAUGUUGUGUCGCUGAAAGGAAAUGCUUACUGGAUUCAUUUUGAUAGAGAAGCUGGCCAUAAUGUCCUACUCAGUUUUAAUUUCACAACGGAGGUAUUUGUGUCUAUGACUCUUCCGGAUCAGAGUGAUUAUAGACAUUUGGGUAUAUCGGUUGUUAGAGAAGAACGCCUAGCAGUUUUACAUCACAAUAUUGGUACAUCCUUGACAGAGAUGAAUGUAUGGUUGAGCAAUAAGAUUGAUGAAGCCAAAGAGGUGUCAUGGAGCAAAUUCUUAGUAGUGAGCUUUGAUAACUUUAAGUAUCCAAGUUACGUGAAAGAGAUUACUUUUUGGGUGGACGAUGAGGAUAAAGUGGUAGUAACUUGUAUUAGAGACAGAGACAAUUAUGAUUACGUUUACAUUGUAGGAGAACGUUUGCAUAAACAAGUUUUUGGUAAAUCUUGGAUUUGGCCAUGUCUCCUGAGUUAUGUUCCAAGUUUGAAUCACAUCCCCAAGGCGAAAAAAGAAGAAACAUUGUAAAUGGAUAAUUAAGCUAGCUUUUGUUUAUUUGUCUCGUGUAACUCUUGUUUUGGUAUAUUAAUUAUCCAUUUUAUUUUGAUAUAUACCAUAUUUGUGUAAUUUACAUAUUUUAAAGCAUAAUUUGAAAAAUAUUUUAAUGCUAAUUUUCAAAGAAUUAGCAUGUGUAUCAAAUUAAUUCCUAUUUAUUGAUUUCUCUUUGUUUAUUUACCUUAAUGAAAUAUUAAAUUAUAAUGCUGAUUUAUCUAUUUUUGUUGGUGUAUUAAAUUAGUUUUGAACAUUUUCAAUAACACAUGACUUCUAUCGUAAGAAAAACUUGUGCACAACUUUUUUUUUGUGAAACUCUUCAAUGCUAAUUCUUCAAAUGAGUUAGUAAAUCUAAUUUUGAACUUUAUUUUUUAUUUUUGUUAGCAUAACUUUUAUAUUUAAUUUUAAAAUUGGUAUAUAUUUCAAUUUAUUUUACUAGAUAGAACAUGAAUAACAAUAUAAAAAAAAGAUAGUGGUUUUUUUAGUAAUUUUAUUAAUUAUAUUACCUUAACAAUACAUCACUUCAUUAGUUAUAUUUACAUUAACAAUACAUCAUAUUAAUAAUUAUAUUACCAGAAAAUUAAUAGUGCAAAAUUUUAUUUAUUAGUAAAUCAACAUUAACCUUUUGCAAAUUAUAAAAAUAAAAAGGUGAUAACCGGGUUUUAUAUAUGGUUAAUAGUUCGGUUUAAUCUAUUUUACUAAAACGUUCUUUUAGCUUAGUUCCAGUCAGUGAAAAAUUACGUAACUAAACACAUACUUCAAAAGCAUAGUUUACUUGAACAAAUUAAUAAUUAAAAUUAAAAUAAUUAAAAUGUAUUACAUUUAUUGUCAUUUAAUGUUUCACUCUAUAUAACUAUUUUACUAAAUAAAAAAUUCUUUCUAUUUUCUUUAUUUUAGCCAAAAAUAUAGAAAGAGUUUUUUUUUUAAUUUAUUUGCAAAAUCAGUUAGCUAUUGACAUUCGGGUACUCAUCCGAGUAUAAGUUGUUGUUUUUUCAGGAUCAUUUUUUGGGUUUUGAAAUUAUGCUCCACUUGGAUAUUAUACAUUUUUGCGUGGGGUUCUAUGGGUCCUCCUGGGUCUGAAUGAUUUUGAUUCUGAUAUAUAGGAACAUAAGAAUAUCUAAAUAACCAAUGUAUCUGAAACGGGUUCGGAUAUUUGUACCAAAAAUAAUCUUAUUACCUGAUUCAGUCUGAGACUUUUGAAUACAAUUAAUUAUAUGGUGACACAUCUAAAAUAUAUAACACUAGUUAUAAAAAAAUGAAUAUCAAUGUAUAAAAACGUAAAAAUCGUUUGUGCGGAUCAAGCUCUAGUUUCAAGUUAUGUUCACACUUCCUUUGUUUAUUUAUCAUAUCUUCUAUUAAUUUUCAUUUUAUUUGUAAUAAUAAUUGUUUAAAAAACUUCUCAUUUUUUAAAAUAAGUUAAGAUUGUGAUUUGAUCUAUAUUAUUGAUAUAUUUUAAAUUGCAGCUGAAUAUUUUCAAUAUUAUAUAGUCUCAACGUUUAAAACCAUAUGUGUGUUAAUUCAUGUAGCCAUUGAUCAUUUAAAAAAUUUGUAUUGUUUUAAUUUUUAUUUCCUUUUUUUGUUGGUUAAUUUAAUAUUUAUUUUCAAUUAUUUAAGUAUUGAAAUCAAUUUAUUUAUUUCAGUAAUUUUCUAUUUUGUAGUUUAACUUAUUUUAUAUUAAUUUCUUUUUUGUUUUGAAAGAAUCAGUUUUGUAGAAUUAUUGACAUUUUAAAAAUCCAUAGCCUUUUUGUAAGCAACACUAAUGAGCUUAAAUCACAAAAGAUCGUUUGGAUGCCCUAUGAAUCGCUUAUAAAUAAAGCAAUCCGGCUUGUUAAAAAAGAAAACACAAAUUUCUAGUUGCCGUGUCGUUU